UUGGAAAAAAAAAUACAAGGCGGUGUCAGAUAUGAAUUUACGAUAAUAAGUUUCAGUCAAGGUCUAUAAUUUCAGAAUAAUAUCUUACGGGGAUGCCAUGAAGAUUUGUUGCGACAGUUGUGCGGCAAGAUGAGAAGGCAGCUAUUUUUUCCAACAAACUUUUUAGUGCAAGAAGGCGAUUCCAACUCAACCAUGUAUUUCAUUCAACGUGGUACCGUAGAAGUCCUAGCGUCGUUGGGGCCGAGGAUGUAUACGGUCUGUGCUACUCUCAACGCUAAGGAAUACUUUGGUUUACAUCAAGGAUUCAUUCCAAAUACGAGUCAUACCCACACGUAUCGAGCGGCUACCAUUGUAGAAGUCCUCACUCUACGAUACGAAGAUUGGAAGGACAUGCUUGUUUAUUUUCCAGCUGCAUACCGACAAAUCUACACGAAAUUAAAAACGAUAAUACAUCAUAAUUAUACAUCUGAGAAUGUUUAGUAUAAUUUAACGAUUGCCGUUGUGGAUAAUUGGAAAAAUUACACUAUUGAUGUGUUUCCUAACGACCACUGCAUUUAUCUCGUUAAGACUGCUCCUGCAAAACGUCAAAAAUAGUCUAGCAUUUGCGUCCUAAUUAUGCAGCUGGAAUAGU